AUCAAAACUGAUUUGCUUUUCAUAAAGUUGUUUGUGUCGUCACCUUGUGGUGGUGAUUUUCAAAACUUGUGUAUUAACUUCAAUUUGCAACAAUCUAUUGUGCACUUUAAAGCGUUUACUGUGUGCUGGGACAUUCAAGUGCGAUAGUUCAUUUAUAGUAAUCGUCAAGAAAACUACGAUGUCGGAGCCAAAACCAGAAAACAAUGGUAAUGGUAGUAACGGAGAAGAACAAAGGGAGAACGGCGGAGGAGAUGAAGGCGACGCGUGGGGAAGCAGUGACUCCUCAUACAUACGGCAAGUGGCAAAAAUGCCUGUUGACAGAAAUGCCGCAUAUUAUAACAUGAACCACAAAAACCGCGGCAUGGCCAUUAUCUUCAACCACGAGCAUUUUGAUAUUCAUAGCCUCAAAUCGCGCACGGGAACGAACGUCGACAGCGAUAACUUGAGCAAGGUGCUCAAGGCCCUUGGCUUUAGAGUCACGGUUUGCCACAAUCUGAAAUCUGAAGACAUCAAUAGGUACAUACAAGACCUUGCUGGAAUGGAUCACACCGAUAAUGAUUGCCUGCUUAUUGCAGUGCUGAGUCAUGGCGAACUUGGUAUGCUGUACGCUAAGGAUACACACUACAAGCCAGACAACUUGUGGUACUACUUCACGGCUGAUAAAUGCCCAUCAUUGGCUGGUAAACCAAAGUUGUUCUUUAUCCAAGCUUGUCAAGGAGAUAAGCUUGAUGGUGGAAUUACUCUAGCAACCUCAAAUCGCACAGAAACUGAUGGCUUGUCCAGUUCAACUUACAGAAUCCCUAUUCAUGCUGAUUUUCUGAUAGUGUUUUCUACUGUGCCUGGGUACUUUUCUUGGCGCAACACUACCCGUGGGUCCUGGUUCAUGCAAGCACUGUGUGAGGAGCUGCGGUAUGCUGGAACUGAUAGAGACAUUCUGACACUGCUAACAUUUGUUUGUCAAAAAGUGGCUCUUGACUAUGAGUCGAACACUCCGGACAUGCCAACUAUGCACCAACAGAAGCAGGUGCCGUGCAUCACCAGUAUGCUGACCAGACUCCUUGUAUUUGGCAGUAAGAAAUAAGUUUUGUUUCUGCAUUUGCUUGAUUUUCUACCAAUUUGUCAAGAUUAAUACAAUCUUAGUUCCAUUUAGUUUUUGUUUUUUAGAUUAAUUCUGUGUUUUAUGUGAUUCUGCAUUUUCUGUGAUCUCUGAAGAGGUGCGAGCGUAAAUGUAUGAACAAAUCUUAAUUUAAUAAUUUGAAUACCUAGUUGAAAGUGGUUGCAGUUGUUGGAAUAUGCAGCUAGAAAUUCAUAAUGAUUAUUAGAUUAAUGUGCUUACAAGAGAUUUUUGAUACAUUAUUACUGUAGUAUAUAUGUUACAUAUAUACAUAUAAAUAUAC